UUGUAGGCUAUGAUAUCGUCCACUCGGCAAGAUGGCGGAACCUAUUUCCUUCGACAUUAAGCCAUGCAGCGCGGCUCUGACUCAGAGCCACUUCAUAAUUGACGACCAGCCUCCAAUAUGUUCAGCGACAAUGGCCGGACUUUUCGUGCGCACUUGCAAGAAAUACGGCAACAAAGAUGCUUUAGUUUUCCGCCAUCCUGACUCGGACAGAUUGAGUGUGACAUUCACAGAGUUGUUGAACGGGGCAGAAGCGGUGGCUGACGUGUUGAUGGCAUCUGGCGUCGAAGUAGGAGAUACGGUAGGAAUAAUCGGGCCGAACUGCCCCGAGUGGGUGAUGGCUGAGUAUGGUGUGUGUCUAACUGGUGGAGUUGGUGUCCGCCUCUUUUCUGCUUCCAAAUCUGUCGAUGAUCUGCGGUUCGUUACCUCCAAGGCUGAUUGCAAAGGGAUCCUGUUUCACCCAGGUCGCGAUGGAGAAUUUCAGGAAUUGAUCGAAUCCUUCUUAUCCGGCGUCAACGCCUUAGAUUUUGUAUUUUCACUGACUGAUCUUAAUAGGAAGUUUAAGUGCUUGGAUGUCAUGCAUUUGGCAUUAACAGAUUCCGAAAGUUACCAAAAGAAGAAACUCGAGGAACGCCUGAAAAAAAUUGCGGCGACGGACAUUGUUUCAAUAUACCUUACAUCAGGUAGUACCGGCUUCCCAAAGCUUGUUGCUUUGAACAGUGUAAACAUUUUGAAUCAGUGUCCCGGACAGUUAGCUAGAUAUGGAUUGAAGGGCGAUGACAUACUUCUCACUGAUCGACCCUUCUCUCAUGUCGGGUCCUUCUCCCACUUCACGGUCUGCCCGGGGCUGACCAGGAUUAUCAUCGACCCUAACGUCAGCAUGAACCCAAACAACGCAGAAUACGUCUUCAGAGUCAUUGAAGAGGAGAAGCCAACGUCGGCGCUGCUGUUUUUAUAUCUCUUGCACAAGUAUCUCGAAAUUAAAGAAACUGCCAAGUACAACUUGAAAACUUUGAAAUUGAUCAUGACGGGAGGCCAGCCUACACCAAGAGAUGUCAUAGACCGGGUACUGCAAUAUGUUCCAGUCCAACAUCUGUAUGGGUCUACGGAACUGUCCGGUGGCGCAAUUAUUGCCAGUUUGCCGACUGAUGAUUUGGAUGUGCAGCGAAACAACACGGGGUAUCCGAUGCCCCUGACUGAGAUGAAAAUCGUAGAUGAAGCGGGUGAAGUGUGUCCAACUGGAGACCACGGGGAGCUCUACGUCAAGACACCACUAGCGCUGGUUUGCUACUGGAAGGACGAGGAGAAGACCAAUUCUGUCAAAACGAAAGAUGGUUGGUACAAAACAGGUGACGUCGCUAUAAUGAACGAACACGGUUAUGUCAAAAUAUUGGGGAGGAAGGAUGACGCCAUUCAAAGGGCAGCGAUUAAGAUAUUCCCGGCGGUAGUAGAAAAGCAUCUGCUUCAGCUCGAGGAGAUAGACAAGGCCGUGGUAGUAGGAGUGCCAGAUGAGGCCUACGGUGAAGAGUUGUGUGCCUGCAUCAUACCCAAACAAGUCAGUCCUCAGCAAACUCUAGAUGAGAUCAAACAACUUAAGAGAAAGGUCAGAGAGUGUAGCGCUGGUUACUUGUAUGAUGUUAACUACGUCCUGGUCUGGGACAGCCUGCCGUUGAACGCCAAUCAGAAGCUUGAUCGGAAGCGUGUGAAAGAGAUGGCGGCAGAACAAGUGCACCUUGGUAUUUGAGAAUGAAAUGUUUUGUUGAAACAAAUUGGAGAUGUUUUCCUGUUGUACAUAGCUAAGAAGCUGGUUACUCAAGUACAUACGUAUGUCAGAUGUUGUUGUUUUGCAAGCAGUCUUCAUGUUUGUAACCCUUACUGAGAGAUUUUCGAUGUUUUAUAGAGCAUUUCACGACAUCUCCGCAAUCAUUUUAUUCAAUUUUCAAUUUCAAUUUCAAUUUCAAAAAACCUAAAACAUAAAAUUAUAUACAUAGUAAAACAACAGUGAUGAAAAUACAAAUAAAACAUAUGGUCGAAAUAACAGUAAAACUAGGUGCCCAAAAGGGAGCGCCAAAGGGUCAAUUAAGACCCAUUCACGGGACCCCUAAAAGAGUACAAUAAUUUUAAUAAAACAUGUAAAAGCAUUCUUUUAAUAGCGGCAAAAAGGACACCUGCAACGCCCAACGCCCAAAAAGAUAUAUAUUUUGAAGUGUCCAAAUCGAUUUUACCGAUAAAGCAAUUGUGCAAAAAAUUGAGGUCAGCCAUCUCCCGCCUGUAAGACAAAGGUAACAUAGACAUAACAGAGAGCCUCUCUUUGUAACUUAGUUCUCCACCUCACAUAUGCCUUGUGGCUCUGCGUUGAACCCUUUCUAGCUUGACCAAGUUUUCCCUCGUGAUAUGAUCCCAAGAAACGGAAAUAUUCCAAUUUUGACCUGACAAGGGAUUCAAAUAACAGACGCAUUAAUUUCGGGCUCCUUUUCCUAUCAAACACACGCUUAAUCGUUGCCCAAGUCUGAUUUGCCUUUUUAACAGUCAGAUUUAUAUGAGAAUUGAAAUUCAAAUCGCUACUGACCACGACACCUAGGUCCCGAACGUUGUCGACCUUGGUUAAAGCACGACCAUGAAUACUAUAAUAGUAUACUGUAGGGUUAAGCUUCCUGGUGAUACUCAUACAUUGACAUUUAAUUGCAUUUAAGCACAUCCCCCACGUUUUACACCAACGGGCUACAUUUUCAAGAUCAUCUUGUAGUGCCAGACAAUCCUCCAACGACUUAAUCAACCUACACAUGUUUGAGUCAUCUGCAAAUAGAGACAUAGUUGUAUUCUGGCCCAUAACUUCAGGGAGGUCGUUCACAUACAAUAAAAAAAGUAGUGGCCCUAGAAUCGAGCCCUGAGGGACACCCGAGGUUACAUCUUUAACCGUGGAAACUUCGCCAUUUAUGCACACUCUUUGCUUCCUGUCAGUUAGAUAACAUUUGAACCAUUUUAACAGCCUACCAUUGAUACCAAAACUCUGUAACUUAUGGACUAGCAGAUGAUGCGGGACUCUAUCAAAAGCUUUACUGAAAUCGAGAUAGAUUGCAUCAACUUGAUCCCCUUUAUCUAAGUCGGCACCAAUAUCAUGCAAUACUUGAACAAGCUUAGUACUGGUUGAACGCUUUGACCGAAAACCAUGAUGAGCAUCAUUUAAUUUCAGUUGAACCUCGUUGGUCAAUUUUGUAUGAAUCAGCCUCUCCAUGACCUUUGAGAUAAUGCAUAACAAAGACACUGGUCGAUAAUUAUCAACCUUACCCUUAUCCUCUUUCUUAUACACAGGCGUAACAUUAGCCAUUCAAAGAUUGAACAAUCCUGUCUUGACUCCAAAUAUUUGCGUUGUCGUUUGCCUAAAGAUGGUAGUACCUGCUCCGUAAUGACGUCACGUGUCGUCAUUAGAAAACCAGUGCUACCAACUUUUAUUGACAAAAUGACUUGUAUACCGUUUUACUUCAUUGAAAAACGUUUGUGUACAUAUUAGUCGUAUAUUAAUUUUUGUGGAUCAGAUCGCAGCCUAAAAAGUUAGCAGAAAUUUGUUUGCUAAAAAAUGUCAAUUGUUAAAAGCUCCCUUGUUGGUCAACUCAUUGGCAGGCAUUAGCAUUCACCAAUCAAGAAACUUUUUACAAACUUGGUGAAACAUUUGAAUACGAUGAUGUUAGCUGAAUUAAUAACAGUUUGGACUCCCUAGGUUGCGGUUGAGGUCUUCAUUACAUGACUAAAGUCAAACAACUCUGUUGACGUGGUUGAUGUUGUAAAAUAAUGCGUGUAAAUAAACAUGAUAAAUAGUUUGUAUUCCUGUCAUGGUUUAUUCCUUUUUUUAUUAAUCAAUCCCUUGCACAGCAUUUAUAUUUUGCCAGCGUAUCGGACAGUAAGGGGACCCUCUGACUUAGGAGUUUUCGAUCGCCAAGCAUAAAAUCUUAGCCCCGCCGACAGAACAAACUCCUGCACUCAGCCCGAUAGAAAUCUAAUGAUAAAGCGUAUAUUAGAUAAUUAGCACUGAAGUUUGUGUAAUGAAACACAAAAGUGAAAUCCGUUAAAUUAUUUAUCAUUAUCUGCUGUUCCUGGUCCACGUUAUCCCACCCCGAUGUAUUAAAAUAAGUCUGGAUCGACGCGAACACACAAAAAGGCGAAACAGUUACAAUGUACAAGCAUGACACGAAGAGUAAAUUCCUGACUAUCUUUCGCUCGUUCACUUUGGAUUUCUCAGGUUGACCAGUCUUGGAACCCAGAGCCUUCUUCUGGUGGAGAAGACCACAGACUAGAAGUCCGUUUAGAGCGAACAAUACUACUAUAGGCAAUGCUAAGUAGACUCCUAUAUAGGCUGCCAACAGAAACCCCAACUCUAUUGAUGAUUGUGGAAUUGGUGCGCAGACAAUGUUCCCUGGGACUAGUUUAAACGGCGGUAUGCACGCCAUCGCGACAACAACAGACAAGACACUAACCAGGAUGAGCGCUUUUCGUCGUCUUCGCGUUGUGACCAAGACUGCCACCUUUA